AUGCCGACUCUGAGCCAAAAUGAAGCUAGCUUUAUAGCUAACGCUAUUAAAAGCGCCACAAGGAUGGAUAUGAGAAAAAUGGAUGAGAAAAGAAAUCAAACAAUGGAAGAGUCCAGUAAAUACGCCUCUGCAUUGGCAGAUGGCACAGUUCAGGUUACCAGGGGAUAUUCCCAAAUCAGCCUUUCGGUCACUUUCAGAAGUAGUCUUAGAACUCUCAUGUCCUUAAACCUGGCUUUAGACACAGAAGGUAUGGACUCUAAUGAAUUUAAGACAUUGAAAUGCACACUGUCUGAGACGAAUCCUUCUUUUAAAAAGAUUGAGGAGUUUUUAAACUCCUUUUAA